AAGAUUAUUAUAUAUGGUAAUAUUUUUUCAGGUGUUGGCUUAAAAUCUACGUUGAAACGUAAAAUGCAGGAUGCUGGAGUUUAUAGCAGCGAAAUGGACACUAUUGCUAGCAAUAUGGCAGGCUAUUUACUGCAGUCACGUGCUGAUAGUACUACAACUAAAUAUAAACAUUGUUUUACUUUAUUUGAGGAAUAUUGUAAAGUGAAUUCGCUUACAGCAAAACCCGCACAAUCAAUCAUUGUUGCCAUGUAUUUGGUAAAUUUAUUGGAUCAAGGGAAAUCGUAUCACGUUAUUUCAUCUGCAUUUUAUGCAAUUAAAUGGGUGCAUAGAUUAAAUGAUCAACCAGAUCCUACGGACAGUAACAUUGUACAAAACUUGUUAGAAACAGCGAAAAGAAUUCGUUCUACACCAACUUCUAAGAAAGAUGUUGUUGAUACAGAAAUGUUAAAAACUUUAUGUGCUUUGUACCAGAAUUCCACAGAUGUUUUAGAAUUAAGAGAUUUAUCAAUGAUUUUAAUUGGUUAUGCUGGAUUUCUUAGGUUUAAUGAAUUGAGUAAUUUAUUGUGGAAGGAUGUUGAUUUCAAAAUAGAUCAUAUUGUUUUAAAGAUUCAAAAAAGUAAGACCGAUAUUUAUAGAUCGGGUAAAGAAGUUUUAAUAGCUAAAGGUUGUUCGGUUGCAUGCCCGUAUUCAAUGUUACAAAGGUAUAUGACAGCAGCUCAUUUGUCUGUUAUUUCAGAUAGUUAUCUUUUUAAGCCAGCGUUUAGAUCAAAGGGUAAAUCAUCACUUAUUAAACUCAACAAAAAAUUAAGUUAUACAAGGGCUAAAGAAUGCAUUGUGAAAAAGCUUAAAGUAGUUGCUCCGUCUCUUAAAUUAGGAACACAUUCGUUAAGAGGAAGUGGUGCUACCAUGGCCGCAAACGCUUCCGGCGUUUCCGAUAGAUGUCUUAAACGUCAUGGCCGUUGGAAAACAGACGUAGCAAAAGACGGGUAUAUUAAAGAUUCUGUUGAGAAGAGAUUAUACGUUACUAAAUCAUUAAAGAUGUAA